AUGCACUUCGCAAAGACACUUGCACUCCUGAGUCUGAGCUCUGGGGCUCUUUCAUUCAAGAUCCGCGCUUUCUCCGGUAAAGAUUGCUCCGGUGGUGCCCGUGAAGUCAAUGUAUGGGAUAACACUUGCCGUGACUCGAACGUCCCUGCCACUCGAUCUUUCCGAGUUUUGUCCUAUGGUGCUCAUCGCCAGCGAGCUGCUUUUUAUGACGAGGCCAAAUGUAUCGGGGGCCAACGAUGGACAGACUUCUGGGCCGAUGGUGGAAGUGAUACGUUCAAAAAAGAUGCCUGCAUCACGCUGGACUUUGACGCUUCGGCCUAUGGUUCUCGUUCUGCUUAG